AUGGAUUUGUGGAAAGAUAUAUUAAAAUUAUCUGAACAUCGUGUUUUCCAAAAUGGCUUAGUACAAAAAAAGAAAAAAAAAUGUCGUGGCAACAGAAAAUUACAACGUUUUCGGCGAUCAACUCGAAGAAAAGCAAUGUCAAAUCAAGCAAAUGAAAUGUUAAAUCUCAUUAAAGAAGCAAAUAAUUCAAUUUAUAAAAAUAUUGAACAAAUGGAUGAGUUUCCAUUAAUAAACGCGGAUCACAUAUGCGCGUAUGAAAACAGUGAAGAAAACUUAGAAUUUGAUUUAAGAUUUGAACCAUCUUAUUUAUCAGAAUCAGAAAUGGAAUCCGAAUGCCAUUCAGUAAUAUCUAUAAUCUAUCCAAAAAAGGCGAAAUGUUACAAUUUAUGUACUGAUCAUUGGAAACAGUUGCUUAAAAUCAAACCAAAUUAUAAAAAAUUAACCUAUUAUGAGUUCAAAGAUGUGUUAAUCAAAACGAUUCCUGUUCAUUCACAUCAUCAUAUUAAAAAUUGGUUAACAAAUAUUACAAUGUUAGAUUUCUUAAAACACCGUGCUGAAUUAAUUGCUACUGUUUUUCAAUUAAGAAUUGAAUUAGAUUAUUGGAAUUAUAUAGCCGAUUUAACAAUUCAUCCUGUAGUUAUUUGGUUAUUAGAAAUUGGUAAAGAUGGAACGAAAAAAAAUUCUAUUAAUUGGGAUCAUACGAAAAGAAAAGCAAUUGUCCAAAAACAACAAAAAAAAAUUCAAAAACAAUUACAAAAAGCUGAACGUGAUUUAAAUUUUCAUCUACAACAACCAUAUCCUUUUGAAUGUGAACUGACGAAUAAAACUGCUUUAUUUAGUUUUAUGAAUGUUAUCGCUAAUGGUCUUAUUACUCUUGCCGAAAAUAAUUUAAAUUAUCUUCGUACCAACUUCGAACAGAAGAAAAUUUUAUUAAACUUUGAUAUUACUAAUGCAAAUCUUGUCAAAUCAUUCUAUGAUUUAAAUCCAACAGAGGAGCAGAUUGUUAUCGUUCGAAAAACUUGGCGAGAUCAACUCAACGUUUGCAAAAAAGUAAUUCGUCAAAAAAAGAAGAAUAGUUCAAGCUCGAUAUAUCAACAAAUUGCAUGGAAGAAUGGUGCUGCUGUUGAACAAGAUCCAUUACUUUUAAACGGUUUAUUCAGCGCAUCAAUGUAUCAAAUUAUUCAAGAUCGUUUGAAAAAUAUGAAAAAACGUACUAAACAAUUAUUAGGAUUUGUUCAGACUAUCGAUGACAAUAUUUUCUUCUAA